UCAAUGAUUUACAGACUUGGGCUGCGCUGCCUGAUAAAAAUAACCAACAUGAUGCAGCAGAGCUUUGAGAUGCUUUCACAAAGGAAUGGUCUUCAGAGUCUACUUAGAUGCCGCAGUGUGUUGGUGUACCUUCUUCUCCUGACACACUCUUGUAAAGGUCAGUCUGAGGUAAUUGGCCCAUCUCAACCAAUAGCAGCAAAAGUUGGCGAUGACAUAAUUUUGCCCUGUCAUGUGAAACCUGCAGUGGAUGUUGUUUCCUUUAUGUUGGAGUGGACAAAACCCGACCUGAAUCCUAUAUUUGUUCAUGUGAGGCGUGCCGGUCAGGAACUCAUAGACACCAAACAUCCAUCUUACAAGGGCAGAACAUCAGUGUCCUAUGAUGAAAUGAAGAACGGAAACGUUUCACUGAAACUGUCCAAAGUAACACCUUCUGAUGCGGGAAGAUACGAGUGCUACAUUCCAACACUGAACACAGGAGCUUUUGUUGAGCUUGUUGUUGGUGCUGCUUCCUCACUGGUCAUCAGUCUAUCAGAGCUUGACAGAAACAAAGGAGCAGUGGUUCUACAGUGUGAGUCUACAGGCUGGUAUCCAGAACCUGAGGUGUUCUGGCUGGACGGUGAGGGAAACCUCCUCUCUGCUGGACCUACAGAGACAGUCAGAGGUCCUGAUGACCUCUAUACUGUCAGCAGCAGAGUGACUGUGGAGAAGAGACACAGCAACAGCUUCACCUGUAGAGUCCAACAGAACCACACCAACCAGACCAGAGAGACACACAUACAUGUUCCAGAUGAUUUCUUUGAGGUUCAGUCCAGUUCUUCUUCUACCACAGUUGGUUUGGCUGUUAGUUUGGCUGUUUGCAUCCUGGUUAUUCUGAUUCUUGGCUUUUUUGUGUGGAAAUGGAGACAAAACAUAUUCAAUCAAACUGAUAAAGGAGAGAAGAAGAACCUCUCAAAACGUAACGAUGCUGAAUAUCAGGUUGUUACUGUAGAAGAACCAGAGAGACAGCAGCUCCUGACAGAUGGAACAGAUCAGAUAAAGGAUCUGAAGGAGAGACAGGCUGCAGGAAUCAGACCAGAGGAGGAGCAGCUGAGGAGGAGAGAAGCUGAGAACAGACUGAAGCUCCUGAAAGAGGAGCUGGAGACCAAGAAGACUGAGAUUAGACAGAAACAAGCUGAUCUGCAGCAGCUGGAUGAAGAGAAGAAGAAGAAGGAGGAGGAAGUGAAGAGACUGAAGGAGCAUCUGGAGAACAAGAAGACAGAGGUGAAGAUGUUAGAAGCUGAACUAGCCAGCUAUUAUCGGUAUUCUUUGUAUCAGAGUUCCAAAAGGGAAAAAGAGCAGAAGAAGAAGAAGAAGAAGGAAGCUGAAAAUGAAGCUGAGAAUCUGAAGCAGCAGCUGGAGACUGAAGAGAAGGAAUUAGACACCAAAACCAAACAGUUUAAUGACAAACAAGUUGAAGUCCAGCAGCUGCAGGAGGAGAUUCAGAAGAAGGAGACCAACCUGAAGACACUGAUGGAGGAACUGGAGUCCAACAACAAGGAGUCUGAUCCAGUCCAGUCUGUUCCAGCCCAGUCUGAUCCAGUCCAGUCUGAUCCAGUCCAGUCUGAUCCAGUCCAGUCUUCCUCCUCUCUGUGGCCACUUGUUACCAAGAAGAGGUUAAAGGAGGAGCAGCAGAAGUUAAAGGAGGAGCAGCAGAAGUUAAAGGAGGAGCAGCAGAAGUUAAAGGAGGAGCAGCAGAAGUUAAAGGAGGAGCAGCAGGAGUUAAAGGAGGAGCAG